AUGUUGUUCGUUCUCACGGCACUGUCCUUCUUCCUGCUAACAGCCGGCGUUGGAUCGGCGUAUACAAAUUGCUUCAUUCGAGAAGGGGACACGAGAGAAACGUACGAAAAAUACUGGAAGGAGGUCAACCCAGGAUUGGUUCGUCUGUUUUUCUCGACUAGACGAAGGACUGGAGCUUUACCUACGAUGAAGGCUUAUGAGGAUGUAAACCCAACACUCGAAUACAGCAGUGCUAAAACAUUACAGAGUCAGCAGGUCCAAAAGUUUUCGCCCGGUACGCACUUUGGAUGCAACUGUGGGUACACUACAAUAGAUGGAGAUGGAUCAGCCGUGAAAAUGGAUACGACGUGCAUUUUUCUGAAGAAAUAA